UCCCGGGUCCCACCUGCCGGCUGGCGCGCUGCGUCACUGCGGUUGCAGCCGGCGCACACGCGCGUUCCGGGGCUCUGCCCGUGUCUGCCCGCCCUCUGCUGCCUCCCCCACAUCCCCGCCGCCCUGCGCCCCGCUGCCCGCGUCUCCGCGGUGGCCCAGAAGGAUCCCGGCGUGCCUGCAGCCUGGUCAGAGCUCAAGGGCUGGUCCCGCCGCCGCGGCUGCCGCGAGCUCGGGACCACCUUCCCCGCCCGAGCCAGCACAGCAUCUCUGCCCAGCAGCCGAUCCUCGCCCGCCGACGGCCGCCUCUGACCGUACACACCUGAUCGACAGCCCCCCGGAGCGGCGGCCAGCGCCCGCGCCCUAGCUGCUGAGAGCUCGGCCGCCAGCCAGCGCCGCACUCCAGCCUCCGCCGCCGCCCCCCAGCCGACAGAGAUGAUGGCAUUGGCCGCCUGACCGACCCAGCAAGCACCCCAAGACUGCACCCCGAAAGUGCGACCCCUCCGCCUCACUCGGGCUGCCAGGGCUGGGCCCCCACGGGCGAGCAGGCCGUGAGUGUCGUUUCACUGUGGUUGCGUGCCGUUUGCCUCUGUCGGGCAUAUUGGGGGGCAAAGGGGCUGUGCCUGGUAUCGUUGUAGGUGCCUGAACCGUCCGUGUCGAAUCGGGGCUCUGGGUAGCUGGCGCCAUGGCGAUGACGCUGUUGGAAGACUGGUGCAGGGGCAUGGAUGUGAACUCCCAGAGAGCGCUUCUGGUCUGGGGGAUUCCCGUGAACUGUGAUGAGGCUGAAAUCGAAGAGACCCUCCAGGCUGCCAUGCCCCAGGUGCCCUAUCGGGUGCUUGGGAGAAUGUUCUGGAGGGAAGAAAAUGCGAAGGCAGCCUUGUUAGAGCUCACGGAUGCUGUCGAUUACGCCACCAUCCCCCGUGAGAUGCCGGGAAAAGGAGGGGUCUGGAAAGUGAUCUUCAAGCCUCCCACGUCAGAUGCGGAAUUCUUAGAAAGGUUGCAUCUCUUCCUGGCAAGAGAGGGGUGGACCGUGCAAGGCGUUGCCCGUGUCCUUGGGUUCGAGAACCCCCGUCCAAACCCGGACGCAGAAAUGCCAGCAGGGAUGCUGAACUAUAUUCUGGAUAAUGUCAUUCAGCCCCUGGUUGAGUCCAUUUGGUACAAGAAACUGACGCUGUUCUCCGGGAGGGACACCCCGGGCCCAGGGGAGGAGCCCUUUGAUCUCUGGCUGGAGCACUCGAAUGAAGUCAUACAGGAGUGGCAGGUGUCUGACAUGGAGAAGAGGCGGCGGCUGGUGGAGAGUCUCAGGGGUCCUGCCGCCGAUGUCAUCCGAAUCCUGAAGAAUAACAAUCCUUCCAUAACCACUGCUGAAUGCCUAAAAGCACUGGAGCAGGUGUUCGGGAGCGUGGAGAGCUCUCGGGAUGCGCAGGUCAGGUUUCUUAACACGUACCAGAACCCAGGAGAAAAGUUAUCUGCUUAUGUCAUCCGUCUGGAGCCCCUACUGCAGAAGAUGGUGGAGAAGGGGGCUAUAGAUAAGGAUAAUGUGAACCAGGCCCGCCUGGAGCAGGUCAUUGCUGGAGCCAGCCACAGCGGGGCCAUCAGAAGGCAGCUGUGGCUGACAGGGGCUGGCGAAGGGCCAGCCCCAAAUCUCUUCCAGUUGCUGGUGCAAAUCCGAGAGGAGGAGGCCAAAGAUGAGGAGGAGGCGGCUGAGGCUGCACUCAUGCAAUUAGGCAUGAAGGGACGCUUCUGAGUCCCAGAGAAAGGGCUUUUAGUGCAGACCUGCACCAUAGCUGCCUGUGUCUGCUGUUUUACAGGUGUCUCUUGGUGAGCCUUAGCCAUGUUGUUUUCUGAGGACGGGGACUCCAGUCCCAUAGUCACAUCUGCAAAAUGUCACGUACAGGCAAAAUGUCGCUUGCAGGCAAGUGCCAGUUACAAUGCCAGGUUAAGGCUGGAGACAUUCAGUGCAAAUUGUCAUCAUGGCAACCUUGGCUGUGAAUAUCAAGGUGAUUGUGACAUAUCGAGGUAAUUGCAGAUUGAGAUACUUAGAGCAAGGCCUGGCUAACACAGGAAAUGCUUGGUAAAAAAAUAUGAGCUGUUUUGUUGUUACUAAUACUGUGAAUUUUUUGGUGUGUGUUUACUCUCUGAUUUAUAUUAAUGAAAAUGAAUGUGAGCCUAUUAGAUAUUAGACCAUUUUCAUGCAAAUUUCUCAUUUUGCAUCUAAACAUCUGCAUCGGCUUAAUUUAAAAAGUAUUCUAAGACUACAAAAUGUAAGGAAAAGACAAUUAUAUCGCUGUGUAAGUCACAAUUUUCUGUGUAAGAAAAAUAUGAAUAAUUGCAUGGGGGAAAUUAUAUGAAUAUUACAGAAACCAUUCCCUCAUUUCAAAUUUUGACAAUGAAUAAUUCUUGUUCAUGCCAGUUCUAAAUGUUCUAAAUAAAGGCAAAAUGGAGUUAUCAAAUACAUGCAUACAAAUAAAAAUAUUUCUAAAUUGUA